AUGUAACACAGACAGUUCCGGAUUAGCCGAAGGUCGACAUAUAUGAACGUGUGUGAUACCUGCUUAGCGUCUCUUUUCAUCAGCCGGGAAACUCACUAAGAAAUUAAUAUUUUGAAAAUGCCGAGAGGAAGCCGAAGCCGGACAUCCAGGAUGUCCCCUCCAGCCAGCCGGGCACCACCAUCACCACCACCUAUGGCCAGGGCUGCGCCUCCUCCCUCUUAUGCUCCGGCCCCAAUGCAGGCUGCUCCAUCUGCUGUGGGUGCCCCAGCUGCAGCACCCAGACAACCUGGUAUGUUUGCCCAAAUGGCGACUACCGCAGCUGGAGUGGCAGUGGGCUCUGCGGUUGGACAUACCCUUGGCCAUGCCAUGACUGGAGCUUUUAGUGGAGGAAACUCAGAGCCUGCCAGGCCUGACGUCACAUACCAGGAACCGUACCAGGCCCAGCCCAUGUACCAGCAAGGGGCCCCUCAGCAGCAGCAGGCCUGCUCUUAUGAGCUCAAACAGUUCAUCGAAUGUGCCCAAAACCAGAGCGACUUGAAACUCUGCGAGGGCUUCAGUGAGGUGCUCAAACAGUGCAAGUUCGCUAACGGUCUGUCAUGAGACUGAGACAAAUACCUGGAGAAUGAGGAGCAUACAAAAAACUGAAAUGAGCAACCAUAUUGGAUACCAAGAGUGUGUAAUUCACAAGAGAUUAAUAAACUUGCUUUUGUUUUAAGAGCUAAUUCUUGUCAGACAGCAUUGUUGUAUUCAUUUCUCAGGACAGUGCUCUGCAGUUUGUGAUAAUAGUCUUAUAAAUAAUGUUUAUAUAUUUUGGUGUUGACAUGCUUUGAGUUGAUUUCAGUUGUCUUCUUUUUUUUCCAUUAGCUUCAGUGCUUUUAAUUUAAACUCCCUUGCAUUCAUAGAACCAGCUGCAUUUUUAGGUGAUAACUUUUAAACCCACCAGUGUCCACCUUCUGGAUUACAGUAAUGAUGAUCCACAGUUUUUGUUUGAAGCACAAGUUGAGGUCUAAAAUAAUAAAGCACUUGGAUCAUAUAAA